GAAUUCACAAUGGCUGAUGAUCUAUCAUCGCAUGGCUUUGAAAUGGUCACUGAUGAGGAGGGAAAUGAGUUCGUAAAGUUGAUGUUCAUGGAUGAAAACAAUGAGUCUUCUGGAUUUGCUCUUGUUUCCCCCGAAGACGCAAAGAAAAUCAUGAAUGGCGAAGCCACCCUUCAAAAUAUUAUUGAUGAAGAUGGAAAGCAAGUGCUAACUCUAGUCCCUGUUGAACAGGAUCAGUUAGUGCUGCAGGAAACAGGAGAUGCAGGUGAGCAUGGAAAUACGGAGCGCCCACAGUCUCCUGCUGCGGAGAUUACAACUAAGGUUGCUGAUCCUAAUGUAACAUCUAGCGAAGCCAUGUCUAUGGAGGUCGAACAAGAUGCUGAUAAUCCUCAAACUAGCAAGACUGCAUCUGAAGUGGCAGCGGAAGAACAAUCAGCAGUUGUUAAUCAAGAUGAGAAUGGAGAGCGAUUCACAAUUACCGAGCAACCGGCUCUUCUAGAUGGUCAACCUGUUCAGCUGGUUUCUCUCUUGGACAGUGCUGGUAAUGUUAUUGAACAGAAACACGGUACUCAUGGUAGUCAAGUUGUAAUGGAGCUUAGUGGCCAGGCGUUUUGUUAUGAAAUUCAGGGCCCUUCAGAUAAUGGAGAACCUAUAUCGUCGACCUUGAUGUUCGCUGAUGAACAGGCAGAAUCUCAGACUGUGGAUAAUACUGUAACUAGCGAACCUAAUCAACAACAGUGGACUGCUACUGAGGCGAUUAAACAGCCUGAGAAUGAAACGCCACCGGGUCAGCAAUUUACUCUUACCGAAGUUUCAGCUACACUGGAUGGAAAGAAUAUUCAAACAGUGAUCUUGGAGGAUGAUAAGAAGAAUAUUAUUGAUCAAAAGUACGGUCAUUUUGGUGAACACGUCAUUAUUGAACUCAAUGGUCAGACUAUUGAUUAUUCUUUUAUGGGACCGUCCGAGGAUGGGCAACCCAUUCAAACUGUGCUGGUUGUAACUAAUGAUGUUGGCGGUGAAGAUUCUGAAGCAGGACUAACUGCCUCUAAUUGGUGCCCUUCUGGUCUCUCUCACGAACUCUAUACCGCAGUUAGACGUAAUGCGGAAGCAAUAUACCACGAGAGGCUGAUUAAUCGAACUGAUUUAACCUUCCCUCAACCAGGCUCUGAGUUGUUCAAUCCAAAGAAGGGCUAUGCAGAUAUGCCGGCUGCACUAGAGUUGGCCCGAUCCUACGCAGUCGGAGCAUCUCAAGGUGAAACAUUGGAAAAGUAUGAUCUCCUUCGAAAUCACGCCAAAAUCUAUCAUUGUGGACCUCAGGCGCGUCCUCUCACAGUUAUGGAAAUGGUUAUUAACGAAGGUGCCUCGCAGAUAUGUCGUUUUAAACCCGUGCUAAUAUUUCAUAAGCGUGAACUCUUUCACCUAGCUCAGUUAAUUACCCAAGCCUGUUCACAGGAAAUCAAAGUUGCUCAAGCCUCCUAUCAUCCUCAACAACAAGUUAAACAAACCAGUCAAUUGUUACACACCAUUCAACCAGAAAGUGCUGCUGUUAGCGGACAGGUUGCUAGUAGUCAAUUGGCCAUGCUUGAAUCGCGUGGUCUCACAGCUAUUCAGCCGAGUCAUGUUUCUGCUAAUUCUGGUCUUAUUGGAACCGCAGUUCCAUUCUCUCCUGAUAGUGGUGUUGUCCUCGCCUAUACGGCUAAGGAUUCUUCUGCUGAGGCUGCAAAAAGUCGACAAUCCCUUAAUGUCAAUAAUCUGCAAAGCUAUAUGUCAAAUAUGGCUGUCGUUAAACGCGAUCCUACUCAUAAGUUAUCGGCUGCUGAAUCGGAGGCCCUACGCUUGGCUGCAGUGAAUGCUCUAACUGAUCUCCCGGUGACAAUGGAAGUGAAGCCCAAAUCAGAUUGUACAAAUAUUGAGCGUGCUUCCUGGGAGAGAGCCACGGAGCUUGCUGCACUGCGAUCUGAGUCUGCAAUGGGUACCAACGACCCGCAUGCUAUUGCCAGUCUCCUUGUUAACGAUACUACCCGUGUAGAUUCCGUGAGAGAGAUUGCUUUACUCUAUGGGCGCACUCCAUUGCAAGGAGGUCAACAACAACAACAACAGUCAAGCAUGAUGAGCCCAUCAUAUUCUGGUGGCCAACUUUCUAGCCAGACUAAGUCUCCUCUACUUACUCCCUAUGAGUCUGCUUGCAAUGAAGCUGCAGCUUAUCUUGCUGCUGGUCAACCAGCUCUUCUUACACGAAGAAGGGAGCUUGCAGAAUUAGCCAGAAAGGUUGUUCGCAAUUGUGGUUGUCAGUUUCCCCAUGCUCCAACUUUGGAUAGAGGAUACUUUACUGUGGAUCAAGUAAUGGAAUUGGAUCUUUCAGUUGCGGAACAAUUGCUCAAUGAUCCACUUGAACGGCUGGAUUUGAAUACGAAUACGUCAGAUUCUGAAUCAGACUUAUCCUGUGAGGAGCAUAACAUUCUGAAUGAAAUUUCCAUUUUCGCGGCCACUGGAGCUGAUACCUUGAGGAAAGUGCGGAUUUUGAGUCUUCCGGGUUGUUCAUUCACCGGCAUCGUACCAGUUCAUUUGAAUCAAUGCAUCAAUUUGGUUGAACUUAAUCUCUCAGACAACUACCUUCAUGCUUUCCCUCGAUGUUUGUAUCUGCCUAAACUGGAGAGAUUGAAUUUGAGCAAAAAUCCAAUUUUAGUGAGAUUCGCUAAUGAGAUCGGCCCACCACUAAUUGAACAGUUCCCCAAACUGACAUCUGUUGAACUGGAUCCUGAACUCAAGGCGGUGUUGCGACCUCAAGCCCUGGCCUACCUUUGCCCGAAUUUGAAAUCUAUCAAUGGAGAGGAGUUUAAUGUUGAAGUUACAGAAGAGACUUCCAAAAUAGCACAAGCUGCUAAACAGGAACUGGCUGGAUUGGUCCAUUCAAAAUGGGAGGACGAUUUAGUGGAGUACUUUAAGAAGAGUGUACCCCAUCGUGACCUUAUCUUGGUCACUGAGACUCUCGUUGCUCAUGCUGUUAAUCAGUGUGCUAGUGUGGAUGAGCCCUUUAAGCACUGCAAAGCCGUCUUGGCACGUCAAAUAGCCGAAGAAUUUCUUGCACCCAAAGUGGUUGAUGAUGAAGAUGACGAGGAAAACCCUUCUCCUGAACCUUCUGAACCUCAUGCUGAAGAACCAGCAUCCACAGCCCCUGCUGCAACAACUACCGUAUCUGCAGUAACUACCUCUACUGAAGCGACAUCAAUGUCAACUGGAGCUACUCAGUCAGCAGGUGCAACAGCUGAAUCUUCAGAGCAGAAAGCCCAACAUACCACAUCCACAGAAGAGAGUACAGCUUCGGCCAUGACUGCUGAAGGAGAUACUGGUGACAAAACUCACAAUACAACUUCAACCACUACUGACAAGAAGAAGGAUGAAAGAAAAGAUCCAGAGGCAGAAAGAGAGGCAGUGGCAGCUGCAAACAACAUGGCUCUUCUCCCUGACGAACCGUUGGAUAGACUAGCAGGUGUUAUUGGAACUGCUAUGCAACAUGGGAAAACUGUUGUCUACUCGGUCAUUCGCUCAGCUGCUCGUCAACCUAAUGGGGACCUGAUUAUUCCUGUCGUUGGUGGCAGUAUGGCUAACGGAUUUGAAUCCCGUGGUGAAGACGGUUACGAACAAAGUGACAAUGAAAAUAACGCUCCAGGCACCAUGGGAACAACCAAGCAGGCGGGACAGCGACGUCUACCUGUUGGUGGUACCCGAGCAGUGCCCACAGGUGCAGCAGUCUUGGGACAACGACGUGCUGGUCUCCUGAUGGCCAAUGCUGGUCGGGCUUCAUCAGGAUUAAUUAAACAGCGCACUGCGACUGUUGCUUCGCGUAAACAUGAAGAAGAGUAUGCUUUGGCUAGCGCUAUCUCCUCGCAUAUCUACUCGAAUUAUGGCGACUUGGAUGAUCAUGCUGAUCAAGUGGUUACCCCGAAACCGGUCAAACAACCUGGGCAGUGGCAACCUGGAAAGCGUGGUCGACCACCGGCUUCGUUCUCUCAAAAGAGAGCUCAGGCGCAGAAGGAGGAAAAGGAGACUGCCGAGUUGCUGCAAAAUGUCAAGAUCCCUCCUCCACAUGCGCCUCCUCCAGCCACCCUGCGUAUGUCUACUCGUGACUCCAACCGUAUGAAACGCUUCUCCGCCUACGGUGCGAUCGACACAGCGGCCGCUUUGGCUGGCCAAGAGGAAGCUCUCAUGUUUGCUGCUAUUGCCCAAGAGGAUGAGGAAGUCGAGGGCAUUUUCUCCUCCAAGACAUCAAAGGAUGAUGACUUUGAGGCCUCCCUCCAUCCCACGAAGAGACAAAGAAGGAGCGAAGAGACAAGUGAUGAGUCAGAACAUGUUCUGCGGUCGGAAUUAACAACACCCAUCCAUCCAACUCCAGGCAGACGUGGCCGUAAACCUAAGCCUAAACCUCUCAUUUCUCAUACUGCUUCUACUACUAUUACUGCUGGCAUAGUGGAAGAUACCAUUCAAAGUGAAACGGAUUUGGAAGAUGAAGCAACUGUUCGUAAAAUUAUUGAGGCUUCUAUCAAGGCGGACAGUGUUCCUCCUGUUCCAAGCCUUGUUCAACUUGGCCGUAUUGUUGACUAUGAUCCUCUCCACUUUAUUCGUUGUCACGCCCGUGAUAAUGACCCACUGGACUGUUCAACCAAGGUGUGGAGAUGUGCUAUUGAACCAGAUCCGAAUGAUCCGAAAAAGACUACGUCUAUCGUGGCAACUUGUGGUGGAGAAUGUGUUUGUCUUAUUGACUGUCAAACUGGAAAGGUCCUUAAGAGAUUCAAACAUGUUGGAGAGGAGUUCUACUCAGUCGCAUGGACAACAGUUGAAAUGGCCUCUGGACACAAGACCAACCUUCUUGCAGCAGCAGGAAAACUGAAGGAGAUUCGACUUUUACAUCCCGAGAGAUUGGUAUGCUAUGCGGAGUUGAAAGGUCAUAGGGAGGAGAUUGCUUGCAUGGUAUUCCAUCCCUCAAAACCUACAGUUCUCUUUUCUGGUGACUCAAAGGCUUGUGUCUGUGUUUGGGAUAUUGGUGUCCCAUCUGCACCUGAUUAUAGAACACGCCAUCAUCUACUGAUGCGACUUGUGUGUCCACGACCCAACCUAAAUCCGGUGCUUAAUCUAAUCUUCAUGCCAAACUAUGACACCCUGCUAGCUGGUUGUGAAGACGGCGUUUUCGCGUGGACCGUCUCAGACUUCAGGAAGCAGCGUUUUGUUGAGGAGAGACCACCGACAAUGGAAAUUAAGAUCCCUACCAACCGUGAGCCCUGCUUUGAUGGUCUGGCUCGAUUGUCAGAAAAUCUUAUUAUUGUGAAGUGUGUGGAAGAGGGAGAAAUAUACGUUAUUGACUUUGGCCAACUCCUUUUGAACCGCAAGGGGUCUGCAGCGGCCAAGAAGAUAGUAACUGCCGAAGUGUUGGGCAGAAUACGAUGGCAGACAACAGAUGAAAUUUACAUCAACGUCACUGCUCGUCCGGGUCUCGGUGCCGUCGUCUGUGGUGACAAUGAGGGCACAAUCUGGCUCUAUGAUCUUCAACAGCGCGUUGUCAAUGAGGGUACCAAUCAGAAGUUCAACGUCAAACCUAAUAAGAUCCUCGAAUGGCCAGAAUGCAGUGUAGGUGGAACCCGUGAGGAAGAUCCGCAAAUGAAGGAUACCAUCAACUCGGGCUUCAAAAAUCCUGUCGUCAACUCCACUGACAUUAGCUCAGAUGGCAAAUACUUGGUUGCCGUAACGGAUAAUAAUCUUUUGGAGUUCAGUCCUUUGCCUUCGGUGUUUGUUUGUCAAUCCGCUUCCCGAGGGGGGCUCGCAUGUACAAUGUCUCGACAGCAAAAUUCUAGGCCUGCUGCUAAACGAUCUCAUAAUCAGGCUUUUGGUGAUAUUACGGAUAGCUCCUCAUCCAACAGUGAGGUUUCACAGAAGUCUUCCGCUGCCGCUGUACUCAAAAACAAAUCAAUGACUACAAGCUUGAAAAGGGAUCGAAUUUUUCGCUCAAUUUGUAUAAUCCAUUCUUUUCCUUCGAAAAAUGAAUACCUUAAUUUUGCCUUCUUUUACUUUAGAAUCCAGAAGGAGUUGAGUGAAAUCAGUAAUGACCCUCCACCAAAUUGCUCAGCAUUUCCCCGAGGAGACAACCUAUAUGAGUGGGUUUCAACUAUUCUCGGCCCUCCUGGUUCUGUCUAUGAGGGUGGAAUAUUUUAUCUUGAUAUUCACUUUCCCCUGGACUAUCCUUUCAAACCCCCUAAAGUCACUUUCAAAACUCGCAUUUAUCAUUGCAAUAUUAACAGUCAUGGACUUAUCUGCUUGGAUAUUUUAAAGGAUAACUGGUCGCCAGCGUUGACAGUUAGCAAAUUAUUACUUUCAAUCUGCUCUCUUUUAACGGAUUGUAACCCUUCCGACCCUCUUGUUGGUUCUAUUGCCAGUCAAUACAUGAAUAAUCGAUCGGAGCAUGAUAGGAUCGCAAAAAUGUGGACGAAGAAGUACGCAAGCGCCGUUUCAUACAACUUCUCUAAUACUUCAUCUUCACGUUCCACAGCCAGAGAGGCACGACAGUCGGGAAGUGUUCGGGAAUCUGAGAGUAAUAGCAAUCAUCGGGAGAACAGUCCAGAUGGUGCAGAAGAAGAUAAUACCAGUGAUUCCACAGCACCUUCCGUUGAGUCAGCAUCCAAUAUCAACUAG